AUGAGUUCAAGGAGACUGCACGUUGGGUCGGAAAAUGACCUGAUAUUUUCACCAAAGGAAGGGAUCAGCAAAACACGCUUGCUGUUGCUCCUUGCAGCUUCUCUCGUCGUUGGCUUCGUUGCUGGCAUUCUAAUAGGGAGGUAUGCCACACAAAAUGAAGAUCACAGCCCACCAGAGAUACCCGAUGUUUCGCUGCCGCUUGUUAGAGACGCUGAUCCAACUAUCUCCAAGAAAAUACUUGACGCUAUCGAUCCUGCCAGAAUAGAGGCCAACCUAAGAUACCUGUCAGAAAAACCACACAUCGCCGGAAGAGAAAGAGACUUUGAGCUGGUAAAACAGCUAAAGAAAAUAUUUGUCGACAGUGGUAUGUACGUACAGAUAACACCAUACGACGCACUGCUGUCGUAUCCUAGCGAUGAUACGCCAAAUUCAGUUCGCAUAUUGGACGGUAACAAUACGGUUGUCUACGACGCCAAGGCGGAUGAAAGUAACUUCUCGAACUAUGAAGGUGUUGUCCCGCCAUUCAACGCUUAUUCUCCAAAUCGGCUUGUUGAGGGCAGCUUGGUGUACGCUGGUUAUGGACGAGUAGAGGACUACAUCUGGCUAGCACAGAACAACAUCAACGUGUCUGGGAGCAUUGUCAUCGUCAAAUACGGGAGCAUCUUCAGGGGAGAUAAG